GUUUGUGGUGUAUGGGUGUUAUGCGGCGGUGACGUGUGUGGACGUGCGGGCGGUGGAGGCGCUGCGACUGACCCUUGGGUCGGUGCUGGCGGAUCGGCACUGGCAGUCCGGCGCCUACCAGGGUGAGGUGGUCCCCGCUCUGGUGGGGGACAUGGCAGUGUCAAAUGCCAUGCGGCUGGACCGGGAUGUGGUGGUGGGGGAGGCUGGCGGAGGCGGCGGCGGCGGAGGCGGAGGAGGAGGAGGCUCCUCGCUUCGCCGCCUGUCCGCCCCCUUUGAGCACCCCCGGCUGUUUUCGCUGGAGGCGGAGGAGCACCAUUUGGUGGGGGGGCCGCGCAGGAAGGAGGCGGCGCAGGCCUUUGCGCGGGAGGUGGUGUCCGACCUGCUGCAGCUGCACCUCGCCUCGCCGCACAUCGUGUUCAGUGCGGCGGUGGUGGGGGGAGGCAGCUGGGACUGCGGCAGGCUGUGGGGCGGCAGUGGGGCGGGAGGAACAGAGCCAGGGGCAGCAGGAGGAGGAGGGGGAGGAGGAGGAGGAGGCAGUGCCAGGUUUCCCGGGCUGGAGGCUCUGCGGGAGGAGCUAGUGGAGGCGGCGUUGCGAGUGCCGGAGGGCCGGCUGCUGGCCAGUGUGGUGUUGUACGUUGCCCCCGCGCGUGAGACCACCUACGUGCCGCUCACCCGACACCUGCUGUUCCAACACAGGAAGGUGCGCCCCCCGCUGCGGCCGCACGUGUCGCUCACCUCGCACGUCACCUCCGCACCCCGCCCGCCCAGGACCGGAGAGCAGCAGUCCCAGCAGUGGCCCGCCGCCGUCUACCAGCGCGUAUUCCUGUCCGAGUCCCACGCGGCCUCCUGGGCAGGCUGGAGCGGCGGGCGGGGCGACCCCGCGCAGCCCUACCACCACACGGCCAUGGUGGAGGCCAUACAGCGGGCGGCGCCGGCACUGGAGUGCGCGUAAAGGCGAUGGGCACGCGAGGACGCGCGAGGCGGAGCCGUAGUAACCUCUGUUCCGUCCGCAUGUGGCACCCACGUUUGUCGUACGACUUCCCUUCCCCAACCACCACAGGCCUCUGGCAGGGUGCUGCAGCUCCAGCGGUCGCUGCUGCAGGCCGCCAUAGCGGUUCAGGACCACUCCGCGGUCUUCGAGCUCAGUCGCGUGUUCAGCAGCGCUGCGCAGGAACUCAAAGUACUGCAGGAGCAGCACCUGGCGCUGCUGGACUUGCUGUCCCCCGAGCAGCAGCAGCUGGGCGGGCUGCGGGGCAAGCUGGACAACGAGCGGGUGCGGAGGCUGUUCCUGCUGUACGUGCAGCGCCUCCGUGCCGCGCUGACCAGCCCCCGCUACAACUACUUCUCCGGCCUGGCUGCCGCGGUGCCGGGAGUGCUGGCGGAGCUGAGGGAGGAGGUGCUGUCCAGCUUCCGACUCAACAAGCGCAUGCUUGCUCUGAUGCAGCAGCUGGCCGUGUGGACCCACAGCUGCGAGAUGAGUGUGGCGGCGGCGGUGCAUGAGGGGCUGGGGGAGCUGGGGGGACUCAGGAAGCCGGCAG